AUGUCUCAAGUUCUAGAAGGAUCUAGGAGGGAAGAAUUAACUCCUGACGAUGUUCAAGUCCGGAGGGAUAAGCAUGAAGAAGACGUAGGGAGGCAAGUUCCGUACGAAAUGGAAUUGGAGGAAGCUCUCAUUCUGACAGAAAAAGACCUCCAACGGAGACAAGAACAUGUUAAAUCCUUGAGGGAGAAGCUUCAAUCCAUAAGAAGUAAGGGUAAGCGCUUGGUUAGUGUAAUCCAAAGUGUUGUCCAGGAACAUGAGGACUUUAAUCCUAAACGUGUUCGAGAGCGAGAAAGCGAGAGUACUGGAAGGUCUCGUAAGAGGAGAGGUCUAACCCCAGAAAGAAGAAGACGCAAUCCAUCCCUACGGAAGGCAAGAUAUAGAUCCCCAAUGUCACCAAGAAGGACAAGGCACCGAAGUCAUGUCCAAAGGCAUAAAAUAGAUUUGAAGAAAGAUGCUGGAGAAGCCCAAUGGAGUGCUCAUAAUGAGGUUGAGAGAACUCUUAAGAAGAUGACCUCCACCCCAUUUGUACGGGCUCUGUGUCUAGAAGAUCCUCCGAGCAAAUUCUCCCCUCCAACAUUUGUCAUAUACGAUGGAAAGACGGAUCUUGUGGCACACAUAUCUGCGUACUCGCACAAGAUGGCAUUGUGGACAAAUCGAGACGGACUUAUGUGUAAAAUGUUCCCAUCAAGCUUGGGGACCACAACAAUAAAGUGGUUCCAUCAGCUUCUAGAAAACUUAGUUUCAUCUUGGAAGGAGUUGGCACAGAUCUUUGUGGCAAGGUUCAUAACGAACAGUAGAGAUCCGGCAACUUUGCAUACUCUGUUUGCCUUGCACCUGAGGAAGGGAGAAUCUCUCAGAACCUACGUAUCUAGGUACUCAAAUACUUAUGCAGAUAUUGAAGAUUGUGAUGAGAAGACUGCUGUGACCACCUUUCGAUUGGGGCUGCCACAGGAUCAUAAAUUAUGGGAGAGAUUGACUAUGGCACCACCAAGGAAUAUGAGUGUAUUACAAGAUAGGAUAAAGCAGUAUGUCAAGCUUGAGGAAGAUAAGCAGGAGGGUCAUCAAUUAGCCUACCCUCAGGAAGGAGUCCAGAGAAAUGAUAACAUAAAACCUGACAAAAACGGACGAGAAAAUGAGUCAUCCAAGGCUGCAAAGCCUGAUUCAUAUGAAGUUGGCAAAAAUGUUCAUGGAACUUGGAAUAUCUCCAGGGAAUUCUAA